AUUCGUUUGACUCGAAAUCUUCAAUCCAUCGAAGACCAGAUGGGCCAGGAACCAAGACGUAGUCUCGUAGCUGUCUGCUUCGGGCCAUGUUACAGUGGUCCCGUCAGUGUUGAUGUCAGCAUUGGCGGUCCACGUUUGCAACGACGGAUUUUCAUGGGCGAAUGAGACUCUAGAACUAUCGUCUACCGAGAUCUCUUGGAACAAGUUUUAAUUUUUCAAUCUUGAUCGCCAUCAUUGUAAAAAAGUGAAUGCAAAGUGACCGAAAUCGCGAACAGAGCGACAGGCGUGGUUUUUCCCCGGUCGACUGGCAGCAGCAGACCGUAGAAGUCUUCCCCCACCACCGCCUCACCUCUUCACCUCUUUCCGCCCUUCAAACCUCCAAAAUCAAAAACCCAACCACCACCACCUCUCUUGCUGCCUCGUCCACUGCCGCACACCCACACCCACUCGACCCAUAACUCUACCUCGUCUUCCUAUGAUCCCCUCUCAAGCUCUUCUGCUGCGGGUCCACUCAUAACAACCGGGUCGUUUGCUCCUCUUUUCCACCAACUCCCCUCCUCCACUCAACUCCUCCCCCCAUCCUGGUCCAUCUGCGUUGUCCACCACGCCAGGACUGCCAUCCGUUCUCUCUAGAUUCGAGUUCCUCGUGUGGGCUGUUUUCCUACCCUACGUUCUUCCCCCUCCCACCCCCCGCUUCCUCUCCCCUCCUUCCCCCCUCCCUCGCGAUCUCUCGUCAUCGGUCUCGAGCCCCUCGUCCCCAUCGACCGAUCAAGUGGGAUCGACUUAAUCGACUCUCGCCUUUUCCCUCGUUGAAUCUACUAGCUUCCUAUCGCGCGGUCUUCGUCUGUCCGACCGGUUCCGCUUUGUCGUUCAAUCUCUCGAAUCGGCCACCAUUCAGAAUCUUUGCAUCGUCUCCGAUAGAGCUCUUGGAGACCUGAAAAGUCUCUUUGCCAGGCCGAUUUCCUUCUCGUCUCCCUAACUGCAUUCUCUGCGACCUUCGGGCGACCCUAGAACGAAAAGAUGGUAGACAGAGAUCCAGGCACACCCACCUGGAAGUUCACACAAUGCUUUGGCGAUAAAGGUGAUGUAGAAGACAUCACAGAAGCUGAUAUCAUCUCGACCGUUGAAUUCGACCACACCGGUAAUUAUUUGGCUACGGGAGACAAGGGUGGACGUGUGGUUUUGUUUGAGCGGAACGAAACGAAAAAAACCUGCGAGUAUAAGUUCCAUACCGAGUUCCAAUCCCACGAGCCGGAAUUCGACUACCUCAAAUCCUUAGAGAUCGAAGAGAAGAUCAACAAGAUAAAAUGGUGUCGACGACAGAAUGCAUCACACUUCCUCCUCUCCACAAACGACAAGACCAUAAAGCUCUGGAAGGUAUUCGACAAGUCUCUCAAAGUGGUGGCCGAGAACAAUUUGUCGAAUGAGAUGACUCCGGCCGGUGCCGUGGGUGGUGGUGGUCUUCCCCGGGCACCGCGGGGAACCUUCAAGGAUGCCGGAGCUCUCAAGAUGCCACGCCUGACACACCAUGAUACCGUCGUUGCCGCCGUCCCUCGCAGAACGUAUGCGAAUGCCCACGCGUAUCAUAUCAAUAGCAUCUCCGUGAACAGUGAUGGCGAGACCUUUAUCAGCAGUGACGAUCUCCGAGUCAACUUGUGGAACCUCAACAUCCAGGACCAGAGCUUCAACAUUGUGGAUAUCAAACCUGCCAACAUGGAGGAACUCACAGAGGUCAUCACGGCGGCCGAGUUCCACCCGGUCAGCUGUAACUGGUUCAUGUAUGCCAGCUCCAAGGGAACUAUCAAGUUGGCCGACAUGCGCCAGCGCGCUCUUUGCGACGAGCAUGCCAAGUUGUUUGAACAAGAAGAAGAUGCUUCAUCGCGCUCAUUCUUCUCCGAGAUCAUUUCCUCCAUCUCAGACGUUCGAUUCUCACACGACGGCCGGUACAUUGUGUCGAGGGAUUACCUGACGGUGAAGAUCUGGGACGUCAACAUGGAACGCCAGCCGGUGAAGACGAUUCCCAUCCAUGAACAUCUGCGGCCACGCCUCUGCGAUACGUAUGAGAACGAUAGCAUCUUCGACAAGUUCGAGGUGGUCUUCUCUGGUGAUGCCGAGAAUGUAAUGACGGGCAGCUAUAACAACAACUUCAUGAUCUACCCUACGGAUGAGCAAAAGGAGACGGAGAUUGUGCUACAGGCGGACAAGUCGGCCUUCAAGGCCAAGAAGGUUGGCGUACCGACCCCGAUGAACAAGGGUACUGCGAAGAAGGCCGGCUCUAGGUCCGGCAGCCCUGCUGGCCCCGGGAGCCGGAUGAAGAAGGAGACCGAUGCCGACCAGAUCGACUUCAACAAGAAGAUCUUGCACAUGAGCUGGCAUCCCUUCGAGGACAGCAUUGCGAUUGCGGCUACAAACAACCUCUUCGUCUUUUCUGCUCUGUAAGCGGCGUCAAGUCGCUCAUUACAUCGGAACCCCCCAUACAAUGUUCUUGCGGACAAGUGCAUCUUGGCGAUGGGAUCGGGUGGUGGGUGGACGGACUGAUGAUACUGGCGGGAGAGCGAACAAAAGAAAAAGAAAGGACGCAACCAACAAAAAAUGAAAGCAAAAAUAAUGGCCAUAGCAGCACGCCCAGAUUCCAUAAUCCCAGGACUUUCCCUUCAACCUUACCCGCCUUCUCUCUUUCUUUGUUGUUCACAGAGGACCCAUCAUUCUCCGAUUGUCCGCAAGGCUACCUGCUUAAGCUUCAGCUUCAGCUCCCAGUUUUUUCUUCUUCUUUUUUCUUUUGACAGUCCUCUCUCCUCUGCCAUCGCCAUAUCUUCCUCUCUUGGUUUAUAUGCAAAUUUUAUUAGGUAUUCCACGGGCGUUUUACGGAGGCGCUUCAUGAUAGAGAAUGUUAAGCCUUCUUGGGGCCUGUUUCAUGACGGCUUUUCCUUACUCCUGUUGUGUGGGUAGGGGGUUACGAAUGAUGGAGUGAUUCCUAUUUUCAUGUCCCUUCAUGAUACCAUUCUCUCGGAUGAAUAAAAUCCUAAUACGCUUGUCUGGUAACCAUCCCUCUCCGAGUAUUCUGUAUUCCUUCCCAACUCCGGACCGCCGUACGAUCAAUCGC